GGUCGGUUCAGCGUUCGAAUGCCAUGGCAAUGACGUACUAGUUGCGUAAACGAAGAUAGAAGGGUUGUCACCGCCGGUCACGUCACUCUUUGGGGUUUCCCUCAUAUCCGCCAUGUCUGCUGAGGACCUGCCGCCUCCCCGUCCUUCCUUCAUUGCCAGCGAACGUCGCAGCCAGAUGAGCAUGGAUAGCGGCUCAGAGUCUGAUGCCCCCGUCACCAUGCAGGGGCGUCGUUCACGCCAUCGUCGUUCCGAGGACCGUCAGCUCGACUGGAAUCCAGCUAUUCUCUACGCUGAUAUGCCCUCGACGCCCAACUCGGCCUCGCCGCUCAAUAAACGCGCACCACCUUCCUCGUUCAUGUUUCCUUUCCAACACCAUGCAGGCAACCCAGAUCCCGGCAUGCCUAUUCCUGGCGUUUCUCGCCGUAGCUCUUUCGACAGCUCUCAUAAUCAUUCUCAGCAAAAUCAUUCCCAGCAACUGGUGUAUGAAACAACCAGAGUCUCUCCAGGUCUUGAUUCUCCGACCUUGAACAGGGAAAUCCCACGGGUAUCCUCGAACGCAACUUUCCGAGCGCCUUUCCUUUCUCCCGCUUCUCGUCCUGGCUCGUCCUUGUGGAGCCCUCCGUCAUAUCCGUACCUCAACCAAGGAGGUCCUGAUUCUCCUGCAGCCUCUUCAACCGCCCUCGCUUCUGGUCUUGCAAGGUCCAAGCCUCCAGGUCCUAGUACAAAAAUUGCCGCAAAGUUCACCGUCGACGAUAAGCCAUGGCUCAAGGAAAGGGAUGGUAAAGCUCGUGCGAGCUGGUGGAUAACAUUCGUCCUCAUAAUCCUUGGUGUCGCUGCCGCCGCUCUGCUUUGUUGGUCAGGCAUAAGUACCAUCGACAUGCUCAAGGACAGUGACUUGUGUUUGGUCAUGGACGAGGACUGGAGUAAUGGCAUUUCCGAUGACAACUGGUCUAGGGACGUGAUGCUUGGUGGUUUUGGAAACGGCGAGUUCCAAGUCGCUACCUCAUCCGACAAGAACGCCUACAUUAAUAAUGGUCAACUUUACAUCAUGCCUACCCUCACUAGUGACGACAUUGGUACAGACUCUAUUUUCAAUGGCUAUACUUACGACGUCAGUGACUGCAGCACCGACAAUACGACAGCUUGCUCUGUAACAUCAGACAACAGCACCAAAACUGUCGUAAAUCCCGUUCUUAGCGCUCGGAUCAAUACCAAAGGGAAGCAGACAAUAGCUUAUGGCAAAGUUGAGGUCAAAGCGAAGCUGCCGAGGGGAGAUUGGCUGUGGCCCGCAAUCUGGAUGCUUCCAGAGAAUGAAACAUAUGGGGCUUGGCCGUUGAGCGGAGAAAUCGAUAUUCUUGAGGCUCGCGGGAACCUUGCAGAUUAUGGAGGUCAAGGCGUCAACUACGUUCGCUCGUCCCUUAACUUUGGGCCCAUGGAAAGCUUGUUAACCAAGAUAUAUGGAUGGUGGGAAACAAAAAGGGGUGGCUACCAUGAAGCCUUCCACACAUAUACACUUGAGUGGGACAGCAAGUUCAUUCGGAUGUCCGUUGAUUCACGGCUUCAGGCCAUGGUGAGUAUUCAGAUGAAGAAAGAGAAGCAAAGUUUCUGGAAUAGAGGAGAUUAUCCUCAAACGGCCCAGAACGGGAGUGCAGAAGUCGUCGUUGAGAAUCCUUGGGAAGAUAGCGGCUGGUCAGCGCCUUUCGAUCAACAAUUCUACCUUAUCAUUAACGUCGCAGUCGGGGGUACUAGUGGGUGGUUCCCUGAUAGUGUGGGCGAUAAGCCGUGGUAUGAUGGUUCGCUCACGGCGAUGUAUGAUUUCGCCAAGGCGCAGGAUACGUGGAGUGCUACAUGGCCUUCUAGUGCCGAUGAUAGGGCAUUUAGAAUGUAAGUACCUUUGUUUCAUUCUUCGUGCUGUAGGUGAUACGUGGUUGUCAGCGAUUAUGUCAAGAUGUGGAAGCUGGGAAGCUGUUAACUUAAAAUUCGACAUUUUUAUGUGUGCGUCUGUCUGUGACAACAUACCCCGCUAGAUUACUACUGCGAACCCUCAUUGAUAUCUUUUUCAUACUGAUGAUUUCUUUUUUUUUUUUUUUUUCUGUUAACGGACGUCGUU